AUGGGUUUUGAUGAUAUUUGCAACACUGGCCUGGUUCUAGGAUUAGGCUUUUCCUCAACAACCGAUCAAAAAUCAACAAAAAUAACACCACUAGCAAGCAAAGGACCAGCAUCUCUUACGUUUGAACCUUCACUAACUCUAAGCCUAAUUUCUGGUGAUCGUACCUAUGAGCAACAAGCUACAAAGAAGGUUAACGUUACGAAGCCAUCGAACGAUCAUCAAUCGGCUGAUUUGUACAGACAAGAUAGUGCUGCUUCUUCCUAUUCAAAUGCUAGUGUGAAAAGGGAGAGAGAUGUUGGUAGUGAAGAGACAACUACAGAGGUAGAAAGAGUUUCCUCCAGAGUUAUUAGCGAUGAAGAUGAUGAUGGCUCUAACGCUAGGAAGAAACUUAGGCUCACUAAAGCACAAUCCGCCCUUUUAGAGGAAAGCUUCAAGCUACACAGCACUCUCAAUCCUAAGCAAAAACAGGAUUUAGCCAUGGAACUUAGUCUAAGGCCUCGCCAAGUUGAAGUUUGGUUCCAGAACAGAAGAGCCAGAACAAAGCUGAAGCAAACAGAGGUAGACUGUGAAUUCCUGAAAAAAUGCUGUGAGACACUGACAGAAGAAAACAGGAGGCUUCACAAAGAGCUACAAGAACUAAAGGCACUAAAAAUAGCACAACCUUUGUACAUGCAAUUGCCGGCGGCAACCUUAACUAUGUGUCCUUCAUGCGAAAGGAUCGGCGGCGGUGUCGGAGAAAAUCCAUCGAAAAAUCCUUUUACUAUUGCUCAGAAGCCUCACUUCUACAGUCCAUUUAAUAAUCCAUCAGCAGCUUGUUAAUUAGAAGUCAUAUAUAUAUGAAUAUCAGUAGUAUUAUGUUUUAGACAAAUCUGCCAAACCCGCCACUUUUUUUGGUUAAGGGCUUGUAUGGAAAAAAUCAAAAUGACUAGUGCAGUUGUAUGUGUAGAAUUAGAAUUAAGGUCACUAAUCAAUCUUUUUUUAUUUGUUUCUUUAUGGUCCAUAUUAUAAGUCUGUAAAUCAUGAAGGAAAUAUAUAUAUAUAUAUAUACAUAUAUGGAUGGGUUUU